AUGAAUGAAUACAUUUCGUUCGAAUCAAAUGUGCAAUGGCCCAAUUGCAAUGAAAGUGAUCCGUUCGUUCAGGUUUAUCUUGAUGAUAAAAAACAAAAGCAAAAAACCACUGUGCAAAAAAAUACGAAGAACCCACAAUGGAACCAGUCAUUCGUCUUCAACCAUUUGACGGGACAACAUAUUCUACAUGUCGAUGUUUAUGACAAAGAUAUUUUUAUUAACGAUAAAAUCGGAUCCAUAGAAAUCGACCUGCACGACUUGUACGACGAAGGUCAUAUUGAUCAAUGGUACAACCUUCCAUCCCGACAUGGCAGUUCAUCGAAUGGAGAAAUUCAUCUGGUGUUUGAUUAUCAACCGCUGAAAUUUUGA